AUGUCCGAGCACGAGAAGGCCAGCACUGACUAUGGCGACGGUCACACCGACCAGAUCGAGCAUGGAGGCCUCAGACAGACUGGCGCUGCUCAUGGUGUAGAUGAUCAAUCAUAUAUCGACCAUCGUGAUAACGACGAUCGAGCAGACGUAGCCAAAGGACGCAACAGCGAAAGAAUCGACGGAAAGUACUGGUUAUCCGUCAACUAUAUUGGCACGUUGUUCGCUAUCGGAAUGGCGUUCAUGGGCGGGAUAGGAGGCUAUGGUCUGAUCGCACCUGUCUUGACAGAGAUCAACCAAGACAUUGGUCCUGAUCCCAAUAUCAAUUGGGUACCACUUGCAAAUUUGACUUGCGGAGCUGUCUUCUUCCUCCUGGUCGGCCAGCUAUCAGACAUCUUCGGACGACGCUGGUUCUUCAUCUUCGGCUCAUCCCUAGCCUUGAUCGGAAGCAUCGUUGGCGCCUUCGCUAAAGAUGUGAACACUCUCAUCGCUGCCGAGGUGCUGAUUGGUGUCUCCGUGGCCUUCCAGCAGUCAUUCUUCUGGGUAGUGGCUGAGAUCGUGCCCAUGAAGUACAGAUAUCUGGCCAACUCGUACUGCUAUCUGAUGACGACCCCGACCAGUCCGUUGGCUGCAAGGGUAGCAUACUCGUUCUUGGCAUAUCCGCACGGCUGGCGAAACUGGUGGGUCCUUGUACGUGAUGCUUUUGACCCAGCAAUGCUGAUUCGAAGUAGCUUCUAUUUCCUCAUCGCCAUCAAUGCUGUCAGCGUCCUUUCGUGGUUUGUCUUCUAUCAUCCUCCGACGUUCAGUAUGCUGCAUAGACAGAAGCUUGCCAAGGACUUGUUCAUUCACUUUGACUGGAUCGGCCUGAUCCUCUACAGCGGUGGUCUUGCUAUAUUCAUCUUCGGCCUCAACUGGGGAGGUGUGCUGUAUCCGUGGAAGUCCGCCAACGUCAUCGCUACCAUGGCUAUCGGCGGCCUGACCUUGAUCGCUGCCCUCCCAGCGUAUGAGAUCUGGAUUCACAAGCGAGGCAAGGAACCGUAUUUGCCUUUGCACUUGUUCAAGAACAUCCGCUUCCAGUCGGCAGCUUGGAACACUGGAAUUGCUGCUGGUGUGUACUACGGCUUCUCGAUCGUGUUCCCGCAGAUCGUGACAGUCAUAUACUUCGGGCGUGGUGAAAUCAGCCAGUAUAACGUUGGUACACUGGCUGGUCUGGCACCGAUGUCGUUUGUGUUUGCCCAGAUGUGCCAUGGAUUCAUCGUUUGGUUCACUGGCCCAAAGUGGGCCAUGAUUGGCGCAGCUGUUAUUGGCGUCGCUUUCCUGACUGCCUGCGCUGCGGAUAUCGACAAUCGGCCGCUAACCGAAGCUCUGCUGAUCAUUGGAUGUUAUGCAAUGGGAAUAGUAGAAAGUGUCUCCAUCACGACAUCGACAUUCCCGCUGAGGAGUCAAGAAGAGAUUGGGCAAGGUGGCGGUCUUUCUGGAUCUACUCGUAACUUCGUCUCCGCUAUUGCAGUCGCUGUGUAUACAGCAACGCUCAACAAUCGUCUCGUCCAAACGAUUCCGAAGCAGGUUUAUCCUGUGGCGACUGGACUCGGUCUGCCAGAGGGUUCUCUAGCUGCCCUUUCGGCCGCACUCCAAGGUUCCGCAGGCUACGAGGCUGUUCAAGGAUUGACAGACAAUAUCAAGGCUGCAGUCCAGGAGCCAUAUCGCCAGGCAUUCAGGCAGGCCGCAGCGACUGUCUUCCUAGUGUCCUUGGCAUUCUCGGGCACGGCCCUGAUUCUGUCGUUCUUCACCACGAAUAAUGACAGGAGUACCGAGAACUAUGUCGCCGGUAACAUCACUGGAGGCAAGCAGGAGAAAGAACCACAUUCCGAGGACCAGAAGGAGUAA